AUGAUGGGACCCAUUGGCCUGAAAGGGCCCGGCGCAGCCGCUGCGCUUGCACGUCAGCGGAUGACGGCCAUGUCCCGGUCCUCACGAUCUAUAUCCACCCUCCGAUCACAGAGCCUUCGUUUCCCGAGCCAGCGCGGUCAACUGAAGUCAGCACUGUCCGGAAGUGCCCCCUGGCGCAUGACACCGGUCAUCGCCGGUCCAGCUGGAGUUCGAUUCAAGUCCACCUCGUCGGACCCGAUGGGCGAAGUGUUUACAGAUUCCGGAGUGAAAGAUGUGACGGAUGUUUACGAUAUUACCACGAUUCCGGAGCACAUUGGAUAUCUCAAGCAGCUCGGAAUUGACUUCGGCCUGGGCGUCUCGUCGACAAUGCAGUUCUUCAUCGAGCACAUGCACGUCUAUACCGGCUUGCCAUGGUGGGCUUCUAUCGUGGCGGUUGGUCUUUUGACUCGUCUCGUGAUGCUGAAGCCUAUCCUGGAUGCCUCGGAGAACUCCGCAAGAAUGACCCAUGCCAAAAGCAAGAUUGACCCGCUUCGACAAAAGAUGAUCGAGACCCAAGCCGCAGGGAACGUUAUUGAGGCACAGACUGCCAGGGCUGAGAUGCAGGCUGUUCACGCUGCCCACGGCAUCAGCACGUGGAAGUCAAUCCUUCCUAUGAUUCAAAUCCCACUUGGUUUUGGAUGUUUCCGAGUUGUGCGAGCAAUGACGGCGCUGCCAGUGCCGGGCUUGGCCGCGGAGUCAGCGGGAUGGAUCAAUGAUCUUACUAUCGCUGAUCCAACAUACCUACUGCCAAUGAUCGCUGCGGGAACGCUGUGUUUCUCUCUAAGGAAAGGAGGUGACUCCGGCGCAAUGCCCAUGAUGCAAACCGAGAUAGGAAAAUACAUCAUCUACGGUUUCCCUAUCAUCUCUUUCGUCUUCAUGGCUUUCAUGCCCAGCGCGCUACAGCUCUACUUCGUGGCAACUGGUAUUUUCGGUCUGGGUCAGACAUACCUGAUCAAUUCGAAUAACUUCCGCGGUUGGAUGAAGAUGACGAUUCCCCAGAAGCUCGCGGACGGGCAUCAGUUCUCAGAACUCACCAGAAACACCCAAAGCAAGGGUCUUCGUCAACUGAUGGAACGCAUCGAACAAGAAAAGGCCGCACAAGCGGAAGCACGCAAGGCCAUUCGGGUGGAGGAAGAAGCCAAGGGUCCUGCUAAGGUUAGUAUCAUCGACCGGUUCUACGAUAAGUUUGGAAAGGCCGGCUCCGACCUGCAAAACUCCAUGUCGAAGACGCUCGGCAUGUCAACCCCCGAACAACGUCUCGCCAGUGAUAAGAAGAAACGUGCAGACGAGUACGAAGAACAGCGCAAAGAGGAGGACGAGCUUAUGCGGAGGAAGCGCAACGAAGCCCGCCGAAGGGAACACUUGAAAGCCCAGGAGCUGCAACGCGAGAGGGCUAAGAAGUCCUUGAAGCAAAGCCAGGCGGCAGCUAAUCGUCGUGGUUGA